CAAGCAAUGAAGAUGCAGCAGCCCAAAAGCUCCCAUUUACCCUCAGGCAGGUCUUGUUCCUUCUAUAAAAAGCCAGUGUGAAGAGGAUACUACAUCCAAUCCCAGCAACCACACUACCUGUCCUCCACAUACCAGGUCCACCCAUCUUUGAAGAAUGAGUUCACAUCAGCAGAAGCAGCCCUGCACAGCUCCUCCUCAGCUGCAUGAACAGCAAGUGAAGCAGCCUUGCCAGCCACCACCUCAGGAGCCAUGUGUCUCACAAGUCAAGACACCCUGUGACACCAAGGCUCCUGAGCCCUGCCACCCCAAGGCUCCUGAGCCCUGCCACCCCAAGGCUCCUGAGCCCUGCCACCCCAAGGCUCCUGAGCCCUGCCACCCCAAGGCUCCUGAGCCCUGCCACCCCAAGGCUCCUGAGCCAUGCCACCCCAAGGCUCCUGAGCCAUGCCACCCCAAGGCUCCCGAGCCAUGCCACCCCAAGGCUCCUGAGCCAUGCCACCCCAAGGCUCCUGAGCCAUGCCCCUCAACUGUCACUCCAAUACUAGCCCAACAGAAGACAAAGCAAAAGUAAUGCCCAAAGCUGUGCUUUGGGGAGAUGAUCACCAAUGGAUGCUCUCAUUUAUAUUUUAAAAUUAAGUACUACAAAGCUUAUUUUUAACUUAUUAAUGCUGGGUCUCUGGGUUUCAGAAUUCAGCUGAGAACUUGGUAGCUGUGCUAGUUUGUCCUCUCAGAACUCUUCAGAAAAGAGACCAAUUUACAAGGGACUGGGUUCUGUCAUGCUCCUAUUAAAUCUCCUUCUACUCCUGA